AUUAAAUUAUUGCACAGUAGCUGCGUGCUUUCUUUUGAAAUAAAAUAAAUUCAAUUUUUGAGCAGUUUAUGAUUGAAAAUAACUUUGGAUUUUGUUCAUCUAGAAAGACUUACAGCUGCAGCUGUAAUAAAAUGAGUCAUUGUACGCAUGGGAGAAUAACCACAAGAAUAACCCAAAAGUGAGCAAAACGGAACGAAGUGCAGAACGUAUUUAUUGAAAAUGGCGAAAUUUGAAAAAUGGAAGGAAGAAGCGCCCGCAAAUUGUUACGCAUGCUGUACAGCUGCUUUGAAAGAAGAGAAUGAGACAGCAGAACUUUUCGGAAGGUCUUGGCGAGGAAGGUUGUCACCGUUGUUCUGGCGAGUGCCAAUAUUCAUAUGGUCUGUAGCCAUUAUCACCUGGUCAACGGCGUACUUCUGGGGACCUCGGGAAAUGUUUUUGCUGUACAUGACGCAUUGGGGCCUGAUUCUCAUUUUCCUCGAGUCGCUUUUCGGCAUCAUCGUUACUGUUAAGAAAACACGAGGCAGUUUACCUGAUGAUAAAGGGCUGCCUUGGUACGUCAGAACCUACUGGGUGUUGUACAAUAUCACUGUACCGGUCGCUUUCCUCGUCACGCUCUUCUACUGGGCUGUCUUAAGAGCUCCGGGAAAGAAAAUCAACUACGCCCCAAAUCCGAUACUAGACAUAAUGCUGCACGGAGUCAACUCGGGGCUUAUGUUCGUGGAACUGGUGUUGUCUGCGCACCCAAGCCGCUUGCUCCACGUCAUGCAGCCGCUGUACUUCUCACUGGCGUAUCUUCUCUUCAGCGUCGCGUAUUAUAUUUCUGGAGGACUUGACCCAUGGGGCAAUGCAUUUAUUUACCCAGUUAUCAACUGGGCUAAACCGAUACAGACACUUGUUGUGGUGACCUUGACUGCUCUUUUCCUGGCUUUAAUGCACAUUCUCACGGUGGGCAUAGCCACAGCCCGCGACUUCAUCGUCAGAAGAUGGCUUAAAGACAAAAGUGGAGAGUACAAUGAUGGCUUCGAAGCCUAACCACGCUAUUUACAUGUUAGUGAAUGGUAUUUUCUAGACAUUACCAACUAUAAUUGAAAUAGUGAGUUCUUAACGUCGAAUAUACUAUUAGGACGAGAAAUUAUUGCAAUAAUAAUCUCACCGAAUUUACUACCAUUCUCCAGCGAAAACAGCUCCGUCGCUACAGCCCCAGGAGAGUACUGGAGAGUACAAUGAUGCUUUUCAGCUUAUUCACACUCAGAUCAUUUGGUUAUUUACAACAAAUAUAAGCUAGUAUAAUAGUACGGACGCCAAUUUAAGAACAAAAAGAAUAAAAAGAAUUACUUGUAUCUGUCGAACCUAUCCCAGAAACUUUACAAUCUAAUGAUUUAAGGAGCAAUGACUGCAGAUUGGUUUGAAAAUGGUCAAAACUUACCCAAUAGUUCGAGGCCUAAGGAAAAGAUGAUCAUGAACAUUAAGUCUGAGUUCGACAAUGAUUCAAAAUAUUAUCAAUUAACAAAACUGGUUGAGAUUUAGCUGGAAGCACAUUCUUCGUGCCUUAAAACUCAAACUCAACUUUACAUAUUAACGUUGUUAUACACUUUGUAUUCUUAUGAAUCUUUAUAUAAUAAAGUUUCAUUAGAAUAAAACGAUUAGAAGAAGGACAGACUCACUGAAUAUUGAAUUAUGGAAAUAAGGCAACGAUGCUCUUAUGGAAGAUAAACUACUAACGAUAGUAACCCAAGGACGUUAAGUUACUAAAAUAGUUCUUGAAUUUAUUGGAGCGUUGAAAAAAUACCUACUUAAACUGAGCUCGCUGGAAAUCUUAGAAUGUUAAAAAAGAUUUAUAAAGAUAAAGUUAUUUGCCGAUAUCGAUAUGUCACAAAUAUUUAUUCGCUCACUCUACAGAUAGCUAAUCAUUUUGUUUGAUUUACAUGAUUCUAGACACAUAAAGUGAAACCUUUUUAUUGUUGGUUGGUUGAUUGGCCUAAGCUAUGUCUGAUGAAAGCAUGGAUUUGAAUCAUACCAUUGAUAUUUAUAUUACUUCUUAUAAUUGGCUAAUAAAAUUAAAAUUGGAUAAAUUAAUUAAAUAAAAAUGUAGUGACAUGGUAACUUCGAACCGAUUGUCAUUCAGAAUUCCUAUCUGACUCGUCGAGAACUUAUAACUUCUGAUAUGUAUUGUUUGGGCUCGAUAGAAACGUGUUAAUGCAGCGCACAAAGACGCACAACAGAAAUUUAAUGCAGUCAAGGGUUUCUUGAUUAUAAUUAUUAUUAUGAUUGAAACUACAGCACACCCAAUUGGCUUCGGAAUAUUGCAUUCAAAAGCACAUUCUUUUUAAAGUUCAAAUUAAUUGUGAAAUGGUGACCGACGGGUAAUACCUAUCAGCAAUGAACUUUAUCGAAUAAUAAAAAUAAACAAGCUGUACAAAGAAACCAGUACCAAUGUAUAGUUGAAACCUGUCUACUUAGGUACUUGUUCGUAUCGGACUUAUUAUUUUGAAAAUGUAUAGUGCUUAGGUUUAUACUUUAUUAAUGGACUUAUAACAAAUACUGUGAUUCUAGUGUAGAUUUUUAAUUAUUGUAGUGCGUGUUAGUUAUAAAAUAAUAAUAUUGCUUUAUUAUAUAUAAAAUCUUGGGUGUUGGAUUUGACCACAGAAGAUUUUUUUUUAUGUUUUGUAGAUAUAACUGGUGAUAAUGGUAUGAUAUCUACUUUGUUCCGCCACGAUAUGGCCAUGUUUGACGCUAUUACAUAAAGACUCAAUUGUAUAGUGCAACCAACUUAUAUGUGAUGGGACGAAUAAAGGACCUUCAUGUAACAAAGUCUUCUUAUCACCAGCACUGCUACCCGCUAAUAAAAUUGAACAAGAUGAGGAUGAUGACUCGGACAUUACGGACUGAUACGAAAAUACUUCAGCGCGAGGAGGCUAGCUCAUCGCCCAAAGCACGAAAGUUUCAGAUACGACUCCAAAAUGACCUUUAGGCAAAAUAAACUCUAUAACACAGUAAAUAAAUACACUUAAGCAGUAUGGCAACUAGGCGCGAGGUUAAAGAGCAAUUUAUGUCAAUUUAACAAGCUUUUUUUACCUCAGCUAGUUAGUACAAUUAUUUAGCUAAUGUAUUUAUUGAGCCUACUAUUGCUGCUUUUUAAAAUAUUAUAUUAUAAAAAUAUUAGGUUAUACAAAGGCCAACAACAGCUGGCGAAGACUUAUUUCCCUAAACAUCUCCAAUAUACAGUUGGUAAAUAUACGGCACGCAAAAACGCCGACGAGAUCCUUCACACAUAUGUUGACGGUACUGUUAGGUCAUUAUGGCACUGUAAAUGCAAUUAGCAAAUAUUUUAUGAAGAGAUGUCAUAUUUGAUGUAGCAAAAUGCAUUUUCCACGUGAUUUUGAUAUCAAUAGUAAACAGAAAAUUGUGUUUGUGCAAGAUAAUUAUUAAGAUAAAAAUAAUAAUUUUAUAAUAUCAAUUUGACAACUGGUUUAAU